AUGGGGCUAGGUGGGAUUAGCAAGACAACCAUUGUCAAUGUUGUCUCCAAUGAAAUCUCACGUCACUUUGAGGGAUGUAGUUUUCUGGAUAAUGUUCGAGAUACUUCACUUAUCACUUUGCAAAAUCAACUUCUCUCGGAAAUAUUGAAAGGAGUAAGAUUCAGCAUCACUAAUAAAGGCAAAGGAAUUAAUAUGAUCAAAGAAAGACUUAGCAAGAAGAAAGUUCUUGCUAUUCUUGAUGAUGUGGAUAAAAAUUCUGAAGAUGCAUUAGUUGGGAAGUGUGAUUGGUUUUGUUUGGGAAGUAGGAUUAUAAUCACAACAAGAAACGAGCAGAUCUUACAUCAUCAUGGAGUGGAUGAGAAAUAUGAGCCCCCUAAAAUGGAGGCAAAACAAUCUCUUCAACUAUUUUCCAGGUGUGCCUUCAAAAUAGACGAAAUACCUGAGGACUAUCUAGAUCUCCCCAAAAACAUCACUAAGGAAAUUGGAGGGCUUCCCUUAGCUCUUGAGGUUAUAGAUUCAUCUUUAUUUGGCAUGGAAAAAUCAUUUUGGCAAGACACACUAGAGAUGUUGCAAAAUCAUAUUCUUGAUGCUGAAAUUUUGAUAAAGUUGAAAAUAAGUUUUGAUGGAUUAACGUAUUGA